AAACCCUAGAGCAAAGAAGCAAUCGACUAGUUAGAUAAAAGAAAAGAAAACCCUAGGAUAGCAUUCAGCAGCCGACUCCACCAAAGUUGCGAGCGAGCGAAGAAGAUGCUUCCCAAACUGUUGUUGGGCGGUGACGUUGAUCAGAACAAAGGCCCCGUUGAGCUCGAGGUCGACGAGGAAUACCGUCGUAAGUUGGAACGCAGAAGAGAGGCCGAGGAUAACAAGCGAUACGCCAAGGCGGUGGCGGACGGUGAAAUCGUCGAGAGCGAAGACGGCGGCGACAACGAGGAGGACGAAACCGAUCCAGAGGAGGAGAUCGGAGUUGAUGAAGUCUCGGACUGGAUCGAAUCUUUGGUUAAGUUAAGGGAACAUGAUCCUGAGUUUGUAGCUACGGGACAGAUCGAUGCUGCUAAGAAGAAGGAUCGUAAGAAGAAGGACGAGAAGAAGAAGAAGAAGAAGACGAAGAAGGCCUUGUAUAUAAAAGACGUUACGGCGCAGCAAUUGCUCGACGAUGGUCCUGAUGCUGGUGGUGAGGAAGAAGAUGAAGGGAGGAGAGUUCAGAGUUACGGUGAGCAGCAGGAGGAGCUGAGGCGAGCUGUGUCUGAUGCUGUGGAGGCCGGAGGGGAUGAUGAUGAUGAUGAUGAUGAUGAUGAGGAUCUCUUGAAAGUCAAGGAAGGAGAUGAUGAUUCUGAAGAGGAAGAUGAGGAGCUUAAGGAGAUGGCUGAUGAGUAUUUCGGCAAGGAGUCUGAGCUUGGUGAGGGUGAUAAGUUCUUGAGAGAUUACUUGCUGAAACAGAUGUGGAAGGAUAAAGAUGGAAAGAGCAAAACGCUAGUCAUUGAUGAAGCAGAGCUUGACGAGAUCUCGGAUGACGAGUUAAUGGUUAUUGAACAAGAGGAGUUCGAGACUAAGAAGUAUCGUCAUGAGGAGAAUGCUGGGGGGAUUGUUAUGAGUCAGUCUAGGAUUGUUGAUGGUUCCGUGAGGAAGAAGGAUAACCCUAGGAAAACACAGAGGGAGAACAAGCUGGAUAGAAAGAAGAUUGCUGAAAUUGAGAGGCAAGAAGAGCUUAAGCGUCUCAAGAAUGUCAAGAAGAAGGAGAUUAAGGAGAGGAUGAAUAAGAUUCUUUCUAUUGCUGGUUUUAAGGACGGAGAAGAGUUUCCUUUAGAUAAACGAAACCUGGAUGAUGAGUUUGACCCCGAGGAGUAUGAUAAGAUGAUGAAAGCUGCUUUUGAUGACACUUACUACGGUGCUGAGGACUCAGAGCUGCAGCUUAGUGAUGAGGAUGAUGAUGAGAAGCCUGACUUUGACAAGGAAGAUGAACUUCUUGGACUCCCAAAGAAUUGGGAUGUGAUUCAAGGCGGUGAUGGGUUUACAGCCACCAGAGAAAAGGUCCUCAAGGAGAAUGUCAUCAGUGAUGAUGAAGAACAAGAAGACCAAGAAGAAGAAGUGGAUGAGGAAGAAGAGAGAGAGGGUAAGAGGAAGAGGAAGAGGAAAGCAUCUCUUGUGAAAAGAGCCAAGGAAGCUUUGAUGGAGGAGUACUACAAGCUAGACUAUGAGGACACAAUUGGAGAUUUGAAGACAAGGUUUAAGUUUGCGAAAGUACAGCCAAACAGCUAUGGGCUCGACAAGGAAGAGAUACUCUUCUUGGAUGACACAGAGCUGAACCAGUACGUACCAUUGAAGAAGAUGGCUCCUUACAUGGAAAAGGACUGGGAGGUUAACAAGUACAAACUCAAAGAGCACAAACAAAAGUUCAAGGAGUUGCUGGAGAAUAUUGAUGACCGUGAUGAGAAAAGAAGCAAGAAGAAGAGCAAGAAGAGGGAUGCUGAAGAGAAAAGAGAUGUCGUUAAGGAGAAGAAGCCAGCAGCACCGAUUGCAGAUGAGGAAGGCGAGGCUGAAACAAGCAAACUAUCGAGGAAGGCCAAGAGAAGAAGACGUGAAGCAGAGAAGAAGCUUCCUCCUAACAGAAUGGUUGCUUAUGGAAAGACAAAUUGAACAAAAGAAUUAAGUAAGAGAAUAAUGCUCCUUUUUACUCUCUUGAAUCGAUUUUGAUAUUUGGUUUCCUAGUUUUGAUUUCGUAAUCGUUAUGUUGUUCCUGGUUUUUAUUACACAACUCUUUGAUUUGUUUCUUUUGGUUUUGUCCCUUUGGUAUGUUAUAAAUCGCCUGAAACUCAAUUCAAAUAUUUGAUUGCUUACCUAUAAACAGCAGGAUACUUCUCUUUACCC